AUGCUUGGCUUCCGCUGGCCAAGCUCGCCAUCUUCUUGGCGCAGGACGAUAUCCAACAAAUACAAACACAACAAUUGCCAUUCUACUUAUUAUGGAGAUAAUGGCGAUGACGGCGAUGGUCAGGCCCAGCGCCUUUUAGUAGCUAAGCCGGCCGUUGAGCAAGUGCGAUAUGUGGGGUUUGGGAUUGGAGGCGCGGGGAAUAUUCGCAGGGUAUCGAUAUACAAUGGACAGGUUGUGCUGUGA